GGCGCCUUUGCCGCUCUUAUCAACUCUGCCCCUAGCAGCACAAAACUACAAGUCCCAGGGUCCCUAGCGGCCACCGUAGUCAAGUGGCCAGUGGAAUUGGCCCAGGAUGACAGCUGGAGAAUGGAGUCAGUUUUAUCCAAGUAUGAAAACCAAAUUACUAUUUUUGCUGACUACCUAGAAGAAUUUCCAGAUACAGAUGACCUGGUAUGGAUCUUGGGGAAACAGCAUCUCCUUAAAACAGGAGGAACGGGCCCUUCAUCAGAUGCUGGCUGGGGAUGUAUGCUACGCUGUGGACAGAUGAUGCUGGCUCAAGCCCUUAUCUGCAGACACUUGGGAAGGGACUGGAACUGGGAGAAACAAAAAGAACAACCCAAAGAAUACCAGCGGAUCCUACAGUGCUUCUUAGAUAGAAAAGACUGUUGCUACUCUAUCCAUCAAAUGGCGCAAAUGGGUGUAGGAGAAGGAAAGUCAAUUGGCGAAUGGUUUGGACCAAAUACAGUUGCACAGGUGUUAAAAAAACUUGCUUUAUUUGACGAAUGGAAUUCCUUGGCUGUUUAUGUUUCAAUGGAUAACACAGUGGUCAUUGAAGAUAUCAAAAAAAUGUGCCGUGUCCUUCCCUUGAGUACUGAUACAGACGGUGAGCGUCCCCCUGAUUCUCUGAAUGCUUCGAACCACAGUAAGGCCACCUCUGCCUGCUGCCCAGCCUGGAAAUCCCUGCUGCUCAUUGUGCCCCUCCGCCUGGGCAUCAACCAAAUCAAUCCUGUCUAUGUUGAUGCAUUCAAAGAGUGUUUUAAGAUGCCACAGUCUUUAGGGGCAUUAGGAGGAAAACCAAAUAACGCCUAUUAUUUCAUAGGAUUCUUAGGUGAUGAGCUCAUUUUCCUGGACCCUCACACAACCCAGACCUUUGUUGACAGUGAAGAGGAUGGAACCGUUGAUGAUCAGACUUUCCAUUGUCUGCAGUCGCCACAACGAAUGAAUAUUCUGAACUUGGAUCCUUCCGUGGCAUUGGGAUUUUUCUGCAAAGAAGAAAAAGACUUUGAUAACUGGUGUAGCCUUGUUCAAAAGGAAAUUCUAAAGGAAAACUUAAGGAUGUUUGAAUUAGUUCAGAAACAUCCAUCGCACUGGCCUCCCUUUGUACCUCCAGCCAAACCAGAGGUAACAACCACUGGGGCAGAAUUCAUUGACUCUACUGAACAACUAGAGGAGUUUGACUUGGAGGAAGAUUUUGAGAUUCUGAGUGUAUAAAAUAGUAGGAACUCAACCUUAAGAUUUGUCUUCCAUCUGGCACCAGAAGAACAUGAACUCAUUACAUAAAACUUUUGUAGUCAGCAAGUGCCUGUUAUGCCAACAGCAUACAAACUUGAUAGCAAUCAAUCAUGACUGAGCCAAUCACCGCUUCUCAGAAAAAACGUUUAACAAUCCUCUCCCAGAAAGAACUAAAACAAUCAUGGGAUCUAGGAGCAGAAAGAUUAGGAGCCAUUCUUUGCUUCUCAGCUUGUCUUACUUGGCCAUAGUGACUCUGCCACUACUGAAAUGAGAAGGUGGACUUCUGGAAGAUAGACAGUAACUCCCACCUUGCUUCAAGCACCAGCAGAUGAGAAAUGGUUACCCGUGCUUCCGCACCCUUUAGGUGUGACCUCUUUUGGGCUAAAUACUAAGAAGCAGUCUGUUCUUUUGCUCUAAUAAUAAAGUGAUUACACCAGGGAGAAAAA